GGCCCGCUCCCUCAGGCUUCCAGCCUGCCAGGGAUCUCGAAGAGGCCUGUGCUGUCCUCCAUCCGGGGCUCCGUUCCUCCGUAGUAUUCCUGUCGUGCUUGGCUGUGGCCAGUGACAGGGAGCUCACUAUCUCACCGUGCCACCUCUCAUUGCCAGAGCCAAGAUUUCCCUUCGUGACAUUGCUUCCCUUUGCCUGAUUCUGUCCCCUGAGUCACCCCUGGAAGAAGGCAGCCCUCUCUCCUGCGUGGUGUUGGAGGGCAUCAUGUCCUCCUCUCCUGACUCUUUUUAUCCCCUAGCUCUUUACUUCCCUCCAGCCAGCCCCCGGAGGCUGAGCCUCCUGCCAGCCCCCUGCUUCGCCCUGUGCCAGGCCUUCCUCCCUCCUGGCCCACCACCCUUGGCCGGGCCUGGCCGUGAUCUCGGCACAUUCCUUCCAUCUUAUCAGUGCCCUGGCUUCAGUGCCACCUGUCAUCACCCACAGGGCUCUGUGCCCAGGCCAGGGGCAUCACUGGUUCCGCCCUCCUCCUCCUCAGAACCGCAGGGUGUGGGCAGGGGGUGGGGAGGGUAGGGCUUUGAGCUCAGUACGUCAUGGAAAGUUGCCAGGGCCUGAGGACAGGGACAGGAACAAUCCGAUGGCAGUGGUAGCGGCGGCAACAGUGGCAGUGGGUUGGGGAGGGUCACGCAGAGGGUGUGUUUACCCACCCAGGGUUGGGGCUGGACGCAGCAGGCUUGGGGACUUGAGCAGUUGGAGUCAGCAGGCUGCGCCAUCUCCAGCCCUUCUUGGACAGAGACCGCUGCUGGCCAGGCUCCCUCCUCUGGGGAGAACUGGGGUUCUGGGAGGGAACAUGGGGCAACGAUGAGCCUGCCGGACAAGGACAUGGAGCCCAAUGGGGCACUGAACUCUGGGCUCGGGGACAUCGAGGGCCAGAGCCCUGGGAGGUGUCCAGCCUCUGGCCCUUGCGACUCACUGGCCUCAGAGGAUUUAGAGAUGUUUGUGCUGGAUUUUGAGGACUAUGGCCUGUGGGAGCCCACCAGAGGCCAGCCGAGCCCCACAGCAGGGGCAGCUGCUCGUCACCGGCUGGAGGACAACCCGGGUGUGCGGCGGCACCUCGUGAAGAAGCCGUCUCGGACUCAGGGUGGGAGGGGCAGCCCCAGUGGCCUGGCCCCCAUCCUGCGCAGGAAGAAGAAGAAGAAGAAGCUGGACCGGAGGCCUCAUGAGGUGUUUGUGGAGCUGAACGAGCUGAUGCUGGACCGAAGCCAGGAGCCCCACUGGCGGGAGACAGCACGCUGGAUCAAGUUUGAAGAGGAUGUGGAGGAGGAGACGGAGCGCUGGGGGAAGCCCCACGUUGCCUCACUUUCCUUCCGCAGCCUCCUGGAGCUCAGGAGGACCAUCGCCCAGGGAGCGGCCCUCCUGGACCUGGAGCAAACCACCCUGCCGGGCAUUGCACACCUUGUGGUGGAGACCAUGAUUGUGUCAGACCAGAUCCGGCCAGAAGACAGGGCCAGUGUGCUGCGUACCCUGCUCCUGAAGCACAGCCAUCCCAAUGAUGACAAGGACAGUGGCUUCUUCCCCCGGAACCCGUCGAGCUCCAGCAUGAACUCAGUCCUGGGGAAUCAUCACCCAACCCCUAGCCAUGGGCCUGAUGGUGCGGUGCCGACGAUAGCUGAUGACUUGGGGGAGCCAGCCCCGCUCUGGCCACAUGACCCUGAUGCCAAGGAGAAGCCCCUCCACAUGCCUGGGGGAGACGGUCACCGGGGGAAGAGCCUGAAGCUGCUGGAGAAGAUCCCUGAAGAUGCUGAGGCCACGGUCGUGCUUGUGGGCUGUGUGCCAUUCUUGGAGCAGCCAGCGGCAGCUUUUGUGCGACUGAGCGAGGCUGUGCUCUUGGAGUCUGUGCUUGAAGUCCCAGUCCCUGUCCGCUUCCUCUUUGUGAUGCUGGGGCCCACCCACACCAGUACGGACUAUCACGAGCUUGGGCGCUCCAUUGCCACCCUCAUGUCAGACAAGCUGUUUCAUGAGGCUGCGUACCAGGCAGAUGACCGGCAGGACCUUUUGAGUGCCAUCAGCGAGUUCCUGGAUGGCAGCAUUGUGAUCCCUCCAUCGGAGGUGGAAGGCCGUGACCUGCUGCGAUCUGUAGCUGCCUUCCAGCGCGAGCUGCUGAAGAAGCGACGGGAGCGCGAGCAGACCAAAGUCGAGAUGACCACCCGGGGAGGCUAUGUGGCCCCUGGGAAAGAGCUAUCUUUGGAGUUGGGGGGCUCUGAGGCAGUCCCUGAAGAUGACCCCCUGCUGCGGACGGGCUCGGUGUUUGGGGGGCUUGUCCGGGACGUGAAGCGCCGGUACCCGCACUACCCCAGUGACCUGCGGGAUGCCCUGCACUCGCAGUGCGUGGCCGCUGUGCUCUUCAUCUACUUCGCAGCCCUCAGCCCUGCCAUCACCUUCGGGGGGCUGCUAGGAGAGAAGACGGAGGGACUGAUGGGCGUGUCUGAGCUGAUCGUGUCCACGGCUGUGCUUGGCAUCCUCUUCUCUCUGCUGGGGGCCCAGCCGCUGCUCGUGGUCGGCUUCUCUGGACCACUGCUCGUCUUUGAAGAAGCCUUCUUCAAGUUCUGCCAAUCCCAGGAGCUGGAGUACCUCACUGGCCGCGUGUGGGUUGGCCUCUGGCUGGUGGUGUUUGUCCUUGCCCUGGUGGCGGCUGAAGGCAGCUUCUUGGUCCGCUAUAUCUCGCCUUUCACCCAGGAGAUUUUUGCCUUCCUCAUCUCGCUCAUUUUCAUCUACGAGACCUUCCAUAAGCUCUACAAGGUGUUCACAGAGCACCCAUUGCUGCCAUUCUACCCUCCUGAGGGGGCCCCGGAUGCUGGCCAGGAGCUGAACAGCAGUGCCCCGCCCCCCACUGAUGGAUCACCUGGCCCCAAGAACCAGCCCAACACGGCUCUGCUGUCCCUCAUCCUCAUGCUGGGGACCUUCCUCAUUGCCUUCUUCCUGCGCAAGUUCAGGAACAGCCGCUUCCUGGGCGGCAAAGCUCGCCGCCUCAUCGGGGAUUUUGGGAUCCCCAUCUCCAUCCUGGUGAUGGUCCUGGUGGACUACUCCAUUACAGACACCUACACCCAGAAGCUGACAGUGCCCACAGGGCUCUCGGUGACCUCUCCCCACAAGCGCACAUGGUUCAUCCCACCUCUGGGCAGUGCCCGUCCUUUCCCGCCCUGGAUGAUGGUGGCAGCGGCUGUCCCCGCCCUCCUGGUCCUCAUCCUGAUAUUCAUGGAGACACAGAUCACGGCGCUCAUUGUCAGCCAGAAAGCCAGAAGGCUGCUCAAGGGUUCCGGCUUCCACCUCGACCUGCUGCUCAUCGGCUCGCUGGGAGGCCUCUGUGGGCUCUUUGGGUUGCCCUGGCUCACAGCUGCCACUGUCCGCUCUGUCACCCACGUCAAUGCGCUGACGGUCAUGCGCACUGCCAUCGCUCCUGGUGACAAGCCCCAGAUCCAGGAGGUGCGGGAGCAGAGGGUCACCGGGGUGCUCAUCGCCAGCCUUGUGGGCCUGUCCAUCGUCAUGGGGGCUGUGCUGCGCCGGAUCCCAUUGGCUGUGCUCUUUGGGAUCUUCCUGUACAUGGGGGUCACGUCACUGUCUGGUAUCCAGUUGUCCCAGCGUCUGUUGCUCAUCCUCAUGCCGGCAAAACACCAUCCUGAACAGCCCUAUGUGACCAAGGUGAAGACGUGGCGGAUGCACCUGUUCACCUGCAUUCAGCUGGGCUGCAUCGCACUGCUUUGGGUGGUCAAAUCCACAGCGGCCUCUCUCGCCUUUCCCUUCCUGCUGCUGCUCACGGUGCCUCUGAGGCGGUGCCUUCUGCCCAGGCUCUUCCAGGACAGGGAGUUGCAGGCGCUGGACUCAGAAGAUGCGGAACCAAACUUUGAUGAGGAUGGCCAGGAUGAGUACAACGAGCUGCACAUGCCCGUGUGACCCUCAAGGAUGGUACCCCUCAGAGACCCACACCAGGGCCCCAGGCAGAGCCCUGUGCCAGGGCAAGGGCACUCUUCACCAUGUGCCCAGAGCCACUGCUGAUGCCAGGCCAGAGUGACCUCUCUGACUUUGGCCUGGGGCCUUUCACAGACUACACCGGCACAGGCUUUGAGCUUAUUAUAACCACACUCCUUGUCUUG